UGCUUGGGUCCAGGGGCCACCACAGGUCAGCCAGCUUGUUGGUGUCACAUGCAGUUGGACACGUUGCUCCUUCUUUUCUCUCCAUUCUACUGAACUUCAAGACGAAUUUAGGCUUUCACACAGUGUCCAACCUACACAGACCUCUCACAGGAUAAGAAUGAGUACCCUUCGAACCGUGGGAGGCGUGCUGUUCGGCAAGGUUUGCGGGAGACAUGUGAACAACGCACCGAUCAGCAACAAACGUCUUCUUAAUCAGCUCUUCCAGGUUUCUUCGUAUUUUGGCGCCCAGAAUAAUGUUUAUCUUUCGUCCGAUGCGGCGAAGAAUGAGAAGACUGAUUCCCUCCUCGCCAUGGACCCUAAUCGGUUCGCUGGACACCUGCAGAAGCUCGGGAUCAGGAGGUGUUUCGUGGUGUGGGAUUUUGAGGAGGGGAAGGCCAAGGUUUCCCAUCCUGAGCUGGAGGAACUGGCCCAGUUCUGUGCGGCAGACAAGGUGAACUAUGACCAGCAUGAAGGUGUCUUUAUGGAGGUGGGCAGGAGGACAGGUGUGUUGAUGGGAGCCUUUGUCUGGAGAACCUACCGUGGACAAGCAUGUGGAGGUAUCCGUCUGUGGAACUACCCUGGUAUGGACCGGUACCUGACCGAUGGACUGAGACUGGCACAGGGGAUGGGAGUGAAGUCUGCCUUAGCUGGACUAUGGGCAGGUGGAGGGAAGGGAGUGGUACAGGAACCCAUGCACAACAAACACAGGGACCCUGACUUCAGGCAGAAGAUGUUCUAUGACUACGGAGACUUCCUGUCCUCACUCAAUGGCUGCUAUGUUAGUGCGGAGGAUGUAGGGUUGAACGUGAAUGACCUGAACAAUGUGAUGAACAGAACCCGCUACACCACCUGUAUAUCUGAGGAACUAGGGGGCUCCGGAAAUCCCUCUAUACUCACGGGCAAAGGGGUUGUAUGUGCAAUGGAGGCUGCCCUGGACUUCCUGAACAUGGGAACACUGAAGGAGAAAACAGUGGCUAUACAAGGGGCUGGCAAUGUAGCUGUGAUCAUCAUUGAAACACUACUAGAGAAGGGAGUGAAAUACAUCUAUGUCACAGAGUGUCACCAGAACCGUGUGGACGACAUGAAACGAGUCCUAGCUGAUAAGGCCAAUGGAAGGUUAGAGAUCCAGAAGGUUCCUAUAGAAGACACCAGCAUCAUGUCCUAUGACUGUGACAUCCUGUCACCAUGUGCACUUGGAGGAAUCCUGAAUGCAGAAACAAUACCGAAGAUAAGUGCCCCCAUCGUGUGUGGUGCAGCCAACAACCAGCUGGGUUGUCCAGAGGACAACCAACUGCUGAAGGAACGUGGCAUCACCUACAUUGUGGACUAUGUGGCCAACAGGAUGGGAAUAGUAAACUGUGCCAAUGAGACCUAUGGUAGACUACCUGAUGACCCAGCCAUCACCAGACAUCUGGGGAGAGACUGGGAGAACUCUGUGUUUAAGAUCACAAAGGAGAUCCUCCAGAAGGCUGAGAAGGAGGACAUCACACCUGUGGAGGCUGCGGAUGUCCUGGCAGACAAGGCGAGUCGGGAACUACACCCCAUCUGGCCUCACCGCAGUCAGCACAUCAUCAAGGCACUGGUGGAGGGGGGCUGGCACAGGGGGAAUAACAUAUACGGGUCUCUAACCACAGGGCUUUAACACAGUCAUGGUGGUAGUAUUUAUGAGUGUACAGUCAAACCUGCACAAGAAGACCAUCAUCUAUGUAUCUCACUGGGCUGUGCCUGUAAGCAACUUAGCAAAACCUUUCUAAGAAGACCAUUGAGAGUACUGUAUUUCACUGGGCUGUGCCUUUAGGUAACUUAUCAAAACCUUUCCAAGAAGACCAUUGAGGGUACUGUAUUUCACUGGACUGUGCCUGUAGGCAACUUAGCAAAACCUGCCUAAGAAGACCAUUGAGGGUAAUGUAUUUCACUGGGCUGUGCCUGUAGGUAAUUUAACAAAACCUGUCCAACAAGACCAUUGAGGGUACUGUAUUUCACUGGGCUGUGCCUGUAGGUAAUUUAACAAAACCUGUCCAACAAGACCAUUGAGGGUAAUAUAUUUCACUGGGCCAUGCCUGUAGGCAACUUAGCAAAAAGUUGUAUAUUACUGGCUGUGCCUGUAGGUAACUUAACUAAACCUGUCCAACAAGACCAUUGAGGGAACUGUGUUUUACUGGGCCAUGCCUGUAAGCAACUUAGCAAAACCUGCCCAAGAAGACCAUUGAGGGUACUGUUUUUCACUGGGCUGUGCCUGUAAGCAACUUAGCAAAACCUGUCCAAGAAGACCAUUGAGGGUACUGUAUUUCACUGGGCCGUGCCUGUAGGCAACUUAGCAAAACCUGUCCAACAAGACCAUUGAGGGUACUGUUUUUCACUGGGCUGUGCCUGUAGGCAACUUAGCAAAACCUGUCCAAGAAGACCAUUGAGGGUGCUGUAUUUCACUGGGCCUUGCCUGUAAGCAACUUAGCAAACUUGAGGCAUUAGCCAACUGGUUGCAAACAGGCGACAAUCAAUUCCAAUUUGUUGCCAAUGGGCGCCAAUUUGUUGCUUGUAAUCGGGUAUUUUUGUAGAAUUUAAAAAAAAAAUUGCAGUUUACAAAAUGGUGUGAAAAGGCUUGAACUAGAUGCCAACAGACACAAUCGCUGCAGGUGUCUUUUUGAUGGAUCUUUGAGUCAUUUUUAAAUUAGUGGCAACCAUGUUAUUAGCAAUUUUGCAUUUAAUUUGUGGCUGAAACUGAGGAUGUUUCUCUUUUUUUCUCUCUUCCCCUCUCUCUAGGAUCCUCUCAGUCUCCCUCCCCUCCCCUCUCCUUCUUGCAUCUCCUUUCUCUCUCUAUAGCUCUCUCUCUAUUUCUAGUGUCACUCUCUGUAGCGCUGUGUCAAUGUCAGAAAUUGUCAAAGGGUCAUGUACAUCAAAAUGUCUUCAUAUUGGCCAGGUAGUCCUUAUGUAGUGGUGGUCACUUGUGCAGGUUUGACUGUAGUUUUAUAGUUAGAAGUAAACACAUAAGUUUAAAACAAUAAGACUUUGAGAAAUUAACAUCAAACAAUUGAUGUUUAAUUGCAUCAUGUUGAUGAAUCAGUUUUAACAGAUAGGACAACUAUGUAUGGUGUAAUAUAGAUGAUGGAUACAUUGUUAUGAGAAUGAUUUCAAUUGCAUCCUUGGAACUUCCAUGGACAUAUGUAUGUGAAACAUAUAAGACCGUAAGUGCAAAAACUAUUGCAAGAGCAUAGUUCAUGUUGACAAAAUUUCUGAUAUACAAAACAUAUGAUUAACAGCAACAACUAGUAUACAAGAUACAAAGCUACAGUCAUAUCAUCAUUCUAUUUCUCAAGAAAAUUGAAUACUGCAGUGUUGUACAUUUCACAGAUGUACAGUGAUUGUAACUAUUUACAGUUAUUAGAGCAGUACAUGUACAACAAAAUCAGUUCAUUAGACACAUGUAUACAUAUCACAUUUAUGAUGUGUUAGACUAUGUGUACAUUCAGUUGUGGCGUGUCACUGCUUUGAUAUUUUUACAGCGAAAUACAAUAUUAAUUGAUCAUAAAUAUUAUAUUAGUUAUCAGGAGGCAGCUGUUGUGAUUAUCUAUGCACAUAGAAAAGUUGAAAAUGAGAUCAUGUUACUGCACGUACAUGAUUAAAAAAACUCCUAAUGUUUUUGGUGAAAUGCAACACUGACAUUGCAAUAUUUUACAUAUUCUUAAAUAGCAAUCUGUCUUUAAAGUUUUUACCUUAAUUUUAAAGUGACUUAAAGCCAGAACAUGUAUUAGGUUAUAUUGAUAGUGAUUUUUUUUAUUGUAUAUUGAUUAGAGUUGGGUAGAGGUAGUAAGGACAAAGAAGAAGACAUAUCAAUCACUUAGUAUUAAGAAAACAUAAUAGAGACCCAUGUGU